AGGACGGAGAGCCCGGAGGACAAAUCCCCCCGUGAGACCCUGGUGGGAGAGGCCAUUUUGAAGGGCUCCACGGUGCAGGAAGGCAGCAGGGAGGAAAAGGGCCAGAGAUCCCCCCACAGGAGGGGCUCCAAAGCCAGCCCAGGGUGCUCUGAGGAGGAAAGACCCAGCCUGUGCCGGGAAGGCGGCCGGAGCUUGAGGCGGAGCUCUGACCUGGUGAUCCCUGAGCAGCCUCCCAGCAGGGAGAAGCCCUUCAGAUGCUUGGAAUGUGGGAAGAGCUUCAGGAAGAGCUCCAACCUCCGCGCCCACCAGCGCAUCCACACUGGGGAAUGGCCCUACAUGUGUGGUGAAUGUGGGAAGAGCUUCAACCAGAGGUCCAACCUUCGCACCCACCAGCGCAUCCACACUGGAGAACGGCCCUACCCGUGUAGGGAAUGUGGGAAGAGCUUCAGAGACAGCUCCCACCUGAUCCAACACCAGCAUAUCCACACCGGGGAAUGGCCCUACACCUGUAGGGAAUGUGGGAAGAGCUUCAGCCAGAGUUCCACCCUCCUCCAACACCAUGGUGUGCACACUGGGGAACGGCCCUUCACAUGUGGGGAAUGUGGGAAGAGCUUCAGUUACAGCUCCAGCCUCCACAUCCACCGACUCAUCCACACUGGGGAACUGCCCUACAAGUGCUUGGAAUGUGGGAAGAGGUUUCUGACCAGCUCAGAUCUCCUCAGGCAUGAGCAGACGCACAUGGAUGAGAGGCCCUUCCGCUGCACUGACUGCGGGAAGGGCUUCAACCGGAACUCCCACCUCAUCACCCACCGUCGCAUCCACACCGGGGAGAGGCCCUACAAGUGUGGGGAGUGUGGAAAGAACUUCACUGACAGGUCUACCUUGACCAGACACCAACGGACCCACCAGUAAGGGAAGCCCUCGAGUGCCUCAACUGCGGGAAGAGCUG